AUGUCGGUGUUCAGACUGGGUGACCAUGUUUGGCUGGACCCUCCCUCCACCAACAAGACUGGUGUGGCGAUUGGGGGCAUCAUCAAAGAAACAAAGCCAAGCAAGAUCUUGGUUGAAGAUGAUGAAGGGAAGGAACACUGGAUCCGAGCAGAGGACAUUGGUGCCCUCAGCCCCAUGCACCCCAACUCUGCCGAAGGUGUGGAUGACAUGAUCCGCCUGGGGGACCUGAAUGAGGCAGGCAUGGUGCACAACCUCCUGAUCCGCUACCAACAGCACAAGAUCUACACAUACACAGGCUCCAUCCUGGUGGCCGUGAACCCAUUCCAGAUGCUGCCCCUCUACACCCUGGAGCAGGUGCAGCUUUACUACAGUCACCACAUGGGUGAGCUGCCCCCGCACGUCUUCGCCAUUGCUAACAGCUGCUACUUCAACAUGAAGAAGAACAGGAGGGACCAGUGCUGUGUCAUCAGCGGUGAGUCUGGGGCUGGGAAGACAGAAACCACCAAACUCAUCCUGCAGUUUCUGGCCACUGUCAGCGGCCAGCAUUCGUGGAUUGAGCAGCAAGUCCUGGAGGCUAACCCCAUCCUGGAAGCCUUCGGAAACGCCAAGACGAUCCACAACGAUAACUCGAGCCGCUUCGGAAAGUACAUCGACAUCUACUUCAACCCCAGCGGCGUGAUCGUGAGCGCGCGCAUCGAGCACUUCCUGCUGGAGAAGUCCCGUGUCUGCCGGCAGGCUGCAGAGGAACAGAACUAUCACAUCUUCUACUGCAUGCUCAUGGGGAUGAGUGCAGAGGAGAAGAAUCUGCUGGGCCUGGGGACACCUUCUGAGUACCACUACCUGACCAUGGGAAACUGCACGUCCUACGAGGGGCUCAGUGACGCUAAGGACUUUGCCCACGUCCGCUCAGCCAUGAAGAUCCUCCUGUUCUCCGACUCCGAGAACUGGGACAUCAGCAAGCUGCUGGCGGCCAUCCUCCACCUGGGAAAUGUGGAGUUCAUGGCUGCAGUCUUCGAGAACUUGGAUUCCUCCGACGUGAUGGAGACACCCGCCUUUCCCACUGUGAUGAAGUUACUGGAGGUGCAACACCAGGCACUCCGGGACUGUCUGAUCAAGCAUACCAUCCUCAUCCGUGGGGAAUUUGUCACCAGGCCCUUGAACAUCGCCCAGGCCGCAGACCGGAGGGAUGCCUUCGUCAAGGGCAUCUAUGGGCAUCUCUUCCUGUGGAUCAUCAAGAAGAUCAACACUGCAAUCUUCACUCCCCCUAGUCAAGACCCAAAGAAUGUACGGAGAGCCAUCGGUCUCCUGGACAUAUUUGGCUUUGAGAAUUUCCAGAAUAAUAGCUUUGAGCAGCUCUGCAUCAACUUUGCCAAUGAGCACCUGCAGCAGUUCUUUGUGCGGCACGUGUUCACCAUGGAGCAGGAGGAGUACCGCUCGGAGAACAUCGCCUGGGACUAUAUCCACUACAGCGACAACCGGCCCACCCUGGACCUGCUGGCCCUCCGGCCGAUGAGCAUCAUCUCCCUCCUGGAUGAAGAAAGCCGCUUCCCACAGGGGACAGACAUCACCAUGCUGCAAAAAUUGAACAGCAUUCACGGCAACAACAAGGCUUUCCUGAAACCCAAGAACAUCCACGAUACCAGAUUUGGCAUUGCCCACUUUGCAGGCAAGGUGUACUACCAGGUAGAAGGCUUCCUGGAAAAGAACCGAGACAUGCUUAACACAGAUAUCCUCACCCUGGUUCGGUCUUCCAAAAACAAAUUCCUGAGGGAAAUAUUCAAUGUGGAGUCAGCAGACACCAAGCUGGGCCAUGGUACUAUCCGCCGGGCAAAGGAUGAGAGCCAGCUCUUCAAGUACACAGACUCCACCAAGCGGCCCUCCACCUUGGCAGGCCAGUUCAAGCAGUCCCUGGAGCAGCUGAUGAAAAUUCUGACCAACUGUCAGCCCUACUUCAUCCGCUGCAUCAAACCCAACGAGUACAAGAAGCCACUGCUCUUCGACCGCCAGCUGUGCAUCCAGCAGCUGCGUUACUCCGGCAUGAUGGAGACUGUGCACAUCCGCAAGUCGGGCUUCCCCAUCCGCUACACGUUUGACGAGUUCUCCCAAAGGUUCCGAGUGCUGCUGUCCAGCACCGAGCGCAUGCAGUUUCGAGACAAGUUCCGCCAGAUGACCUUGCACAUCACUGAUGUGUGCCUGGGGACAGACAAAGACUGGAAAAUGGGAAAAAACAAAAUUUUCCUUAAGGAUCAUCAGGACACUCUGCUGGAGAUUCAGAGGGGCCAGGCCCUGAACAAAGCAGCAGUCAGCAUCCAGCGAGUCCUGCGAGGUUACAGAUACAGGAAGGAGUUCCUGAGGCAGAGGCGGGCGGCUGUUACCCUUCAGGCUGGGUGGCGAGGCCACUGCAACAGAAAGAAUUUCAAGCUGGUCCUAGUGGGCUUCGAGCGCCUACAGGCCAUUGCCCGGGGUCACCUGCUAACAAGGCAGUUCCAGGUCAUGCGGCAGAGGAUGGUGCAGCUGCAGGCCCGCUGCAGGGGCUACCUGGUGCGCCAGCAAGUCCAGGCCAAGAAGAAAGCAGUGGUAGUCAUCCAGGCACAUGCCAGGGGCAUGGCUGCCCGGCGGAACUUCCAGCAGCGGAAAGCCAAUGGACCUCUGGUCAUCACAGCUGAAGAACAGAAGAGACAAAGUGCUUUCCCUGACAAGAAGCGCAAGUCCAUCUACGACACUGUCAAUGACACGGAGAUGGUGGAGAGAGUGUUCGGCUUCCUCCCAUCCUUGAUUGGGGGCCAGGAGGGCCCAGCUCCGACACGCUUUGAGGAUCUGGAAGCAAAGACCCAGAAACUGCCUGAGAUUGACCUGGACACAGUUCCCAUGAUGGAGGAAACGAUGGAGGACAUGGAUGGCCUCUCCCAGUACACCUUCCCGAAGUUUGCUGUGACUUACUUCCAGAAAUCAGCCAGCCACACACAUAUCCGGCAGCCCCUCCGCUAUCCGCUGCUCUACCAUGAGAAUGACAUCGACUAUGAGGCCGCCCUGGCCGUGUGGAACAUCAUCCUGAGGUUCAUGGGUGACCUUCCGGAGCCCAUGCUAUAUGCCAGGAACAGCCUGAGUGGCAGCUCGGUGAUGCGGCAGAUCCAUGACAGACUGGGCAAGGAGAGCAGCACCAGGGCUCCAGAGCAUGGUAGAUCUGCACAGGUGGCCAAGCAACUGACCAUUGGAGAGGAGACAUUUGACCCUGAUGGCCCCAUCUCAGACCGACCUAUGUCCAACUUGGAGAAGGUGCACUUCAUCGUGGGCUAUGCCAUCCUGCGGCCUGGCCUCAGGGAUGAGAUUUACUGCCAGAUCUGCAAGCAGCUCUCGGAGAACUACAAAAUGAGCAGUGUGGCCCGGGGCUGGAUCCUGCUCAGCCUCUGUCUGGGUUGCUUCCCACCCUCGGAGAGGUUCAUGAAGUAUCUGCUGAACUUCAUUGAUCAAGGACCAGUCAGCUAUGGGCCCUUCUGUGCAGAACGCCUGCGGCGGACCUAUGCCAAUGGGGUGCGUGCAGAGCCCCCCACCUGGUUGGAGCUGCAGGCUGUUAAGUCCAAGAAGCACAUCCCCAUCCAAGUCAUCUUGGUGACUGGAGAGAGCCUGACCAUCACUGUCGACUCAGCCUCUACAUCAUGGGAAAUCUGCGCGCACAUUGCCCAAAAGCAGGGCCUCCGUGACCAACUGGGCUUCUCCCUCCAGGUUGCUGUGUAUGAUAAGUUCUGGUCCCUGGGCAGUGGCCGAGACCACCUGAUGGAUGCUGUGGCCCAGUGUGAACAGCUGGCCCAGGAGAGGGGUGAGAGCCAGCGCCAGUCACCCUGGCGUGUCUACUUCCGGAAGGAAUUCUUCACACCCUGGCAUGAUUCCCGGGAGGACCCUGUGAGCACUGAGCUGAUUUACCACCAAGUCCUCCAUGGAGUCUGGUCUGGCGAGUACAGGUUCGAGAAGGAGGAAGAGCUGGUGGAACUGCUGGCUCAGCACUGCUACAUACAGCUUGGCACCUCAGUAGGGAGCAAGGAUAUCCAGGAGCUGCUUCCCAGCUGCAUCCCCUCCAAACUGUACAAGACCAAGUCCCCAGAGAAGUGGGCUAACCUCGUCAUCACUGCCCAUGCCAAGGCCCCAUACACUCAGACGCGAGCUGCACCACUGGCUGUGCAGGAGCAGGUGGUGGACAACGCACGCCUGCAGUGGCCUCUGCUCUUUUCCCGGCUCUUUGAAGUCACCACACUCUCUGGCCCCCGACUCCCCAAGACACAGCUAAUCUUGGCUGUAAACUGGAAGGGACUGUACUUCCUGGACCAGCGGGAGAGGACGCUGCUGGAACUGUCCUUCCCAGAGAUCAUGGGCCUGAUGACCAACAGGGAGGCCCCAGGUGGGCAGAGACUGCUGCUAUCCACACUGUAUGAAGAGUACGAGUUCAUGACCCCCAGCUGUGUGUCCAUUGCUGAGCUGGUGGCCCUAUUUCUGGGAGGGCUGAAGGAGAGGUCCGUGUUUGCCAUGGCACUUCAGGACAGGAAGGCCACAGAUGAUGUUACUCUCCUGCCCUUCAAGAAAGGAGACUUGUUGAUCCUGACCAAGAAUCAGGGGCUGCUGGCCUCUGAGAACUGGACCAUGGGCCAGAACGAUAGGACGGGCAAGACGGGGUUGGUGCCCACAGCCUGUCUCUAUGCCAUCCCUACACUUGUCAAGCCCUCCGCCAAGUUGCUGAGUUUGCUGGCCAUGUCACCAGAGAAGCGGAAGCUGGAGGGGCAGCCUUCAGAGUCUCUACCCGAGGAGCAGAGCAUGGAGGCACCGCACACUCUGGAGGAGUUCUCCUACCUGUUCUUCAGGGCCCCAGAGAAGGAGACCAUCAGCAGAGCUAUGCUGCCCCUGACCCGCAGGCAGGGACACCUAUGGGCCUACUCCUCAGAGCCACUCCGGCAGCCAUUGCUCAAGCGUGUCCAUGACAAAGCUGACCUGCGGGAUAUCGCUUGUCUGAUCUUCCUCGCCAUCUUCAAGUACAUGGGUGACUACCCCUCUCGGCAGGCUUGGUCCACCCUGGAGCUCACAGACCAGAUCUUCUCACUGGCACUUCAGGACGCCUCUCUGCAGGAUGAGGUCUACUGUCAGAUCCUGAAGCAGCUGACGCACAACUCCAACAGGUACAGCGAGGAGCGAGGCUGGCAGCUGCUAUGGCUGUGCACGGGUCUCUUCCCGCCGGGCAAGGCACUUCUGCCCCAUACCCAGAAGUUCAUAGACACUCGAAGGAAGAAGCUGCUGGCCCCCGACUGCAGCCGCCGUCUCCAGAGGGUCCUGAAGACCGGGCCUCGGAAGCAACCCCCACAUGAAGUAGAAGUGAAGACCGCUGAACAGAAUGUCUCCCGAAUACGCCACCAGGUGUACUUCCCCAAUGACACUAGUGUGAUGCUGGAGGUGGGCAGCAACAGCCGGGUUCGAGACGUGUGUGAAAGCAUCACCUCCAGGCUACAGCUGGCUUCCUGGGAGGGCUGUAGCCUCUUCAUCAAGAUCGCAGACAAGGUCAUCAGCCAGAAGGAAGGAGACUUCUUCUUUGACAGCUUGAGGCAGGUGUCUGACUGGAUAAAGAAGAACAAACCCCAGAAAGAAGGGGCCCCUGUGACGCUCCCCUACCAGGUGUACUUCAUGCGGAAAUUGUGGCUCAAUGUAGUCCCAGGGAAGGAUGUGAAUGCGGACACCACACUCCACUACCAUCAGGAGCUGCCCAAGUACCUGCGCGGGUUCCAUAAGUGUUCUCGGGAAGAUGCUGUACACCUGGCAGGCCUCAUCUACAAGGCCCAGUUUGACAAUGACCAGUCCCAGCUGGCUAGUAUCCCCAAGAUCCUGAGGGAACUGGUACCUGAGAACCUCACACGCCUGAUGUCCUCAGAAGAAUGGAGAAAGAGCCUCCUUCUGGAAUGCGACAAGCACAAAGACAAGACUGUACAGGAGGCCAAGGUGGCCUUUCUCAAGUGGAUCUGCCGCUGGCCCACCUUUGGGUCUGCCUUCUUUGAGGUGAAGCAAACUUCAGAGCCCUCCUACCCGGACAUCGUCCUCAUUGCCAUCAACCGACAUGGGGUGCUACUCAUUCACCCCAAGACCAAGGAGCUGCUCAUCACCUAUCCUUUCACCAAGAUUUCCAGCUGGAGCAGCGGCAGCACCUACUUCCACAUGGUGCUGGGGAACCUGGGCAGGGCCAACCGCUUGCUGUGUGAGACCUCUCUGGGUUACAAGAUGGACGACCUGCUGUCCUCAUAUGUGCAUCAGUUCCUGAGUGCAAUGAACAAACAGCAGAGCUCUGGAGCCACGGUCCUGACCAGCUUCUAACAGGAGUUGCCCCUCAGUCACCCUCCCAACCUGGGGUCCCUCCUCAGUUCAGGGCCUGCCUUCCACGCUGUCCCUCAACUCCCCUCAGCACCCCAGAUGGCCCCUUUCUUCAGUGUUGACCAUGGAGGUCUCGAGGGCCUUCAGCUAAUGGUGGAAGGCGCCUCCUCCAAUGUCUAAUAAACAUUUAUCAAGCAGUGGGAGUGAGUGCAUCUGUGAGGGAAAGGGUGAAGGGUAUGGGGGGGGGGGCAACAGGCCUGGGAGGCCCUGCCCUUUCUUCUAGAAAGAGCAAAGAGCAUUGUGACUUCUCCCAAAGCCAGAUGACAACUGCAUUCUCUAGGAAUGACUUCAUCUGCCCUU